AUGGACCUACAGCUUGCCAACAAGAACGCUUUGAUAACUGGAUCGACUAAGGGGAUCGGCUACGCCAUUGCCGAGGUGCUUGCCAAAGAAGGAGCGAACGUGAUCGUCAACGGCCGCAGCGAACAGUCGACGGCCGACGCAGCCAAGGCGAUCGGGAACGGUGCCCGAGGGAUUGCCGCAGAUCUUUCCACGGCCGCCGGUUGCGACAAGCUGCUGCAAGAGGCAGGCCAAGUCGACAUUCUGAUCAACAAUGCAGGCAUCUUCGAACCGAAGCCGUUCGUCGAAAUCCCCGACGAAGACUGGGAACGUUUCUACCAGAUUAACGUCAUGUCAGGCGUUCGUCUGACACGAUCGGUUCUGCCUGGCAUGCUUGAACGAAAUUGGGGACGCAUUCUGUUUGUCUCCAGCGAAAGCGGUGUGCAGAUUCCUUCCGAAAUGGUGCAUUAUGGGAUGACCAAAGCGGCGAACAUUUCUUUGGUCAACGGGGUCGCGCGACUGACCAAAGGAACACACGUGACGGUCAAUGCGAUCUUGCCUGGGCCGACCGCUUCGGAAGGGGUGUCCGAUUUCGUCGGCAAUUUGGCAGAAGACGCGAAUCAGUCGAAGGAGGAAUUUGAGAAGGAAUUCUUCCAAACGGCUCGACCAACUUCGUUGAUCCAACGGUUCGCCGAAGUCGAGGAAGUUGCGAAUACGACGGCCUAUUAUUGUUCGCCUCUUUCCAGUGCGACGAACGGGGCCGCGAUUCGGGUAGAUGGUGGCGUGAUUCUUGGAACCUAG